AUGGCGGCCGGCCUCUCCGCCGCCUUAGUCCCCAAACCACUCCAUCUCCUCCUUACUUCUUCCCAUCUCUCCCCUAAACCUCGAAUUCCGUUUCUGUUUCCACCUUCAGUCUUCCGGAACAGUAGAAUCCAAUGGAAGAUGCGGAGAAGAACUCUGUUCACUGUCUGUGUACUCGUUGAAGAUCAAAAUAGUUCAGGCGAGGUUGAGAAUCUCUCCGAUGAAGUAUCGCCGAUUAUAGUCCCUCAGAUCCCGUCGCCUCAUGUUUCAGAAAGAUUGGCAAGGAAGAAAUCGGAGCGUUUCACCUAUCUUGUUGCUGCGGUUAUGUCUAGUUUCGGAAUUACCUCCAUGGCUGUCAUGGCGGUUUACUACCGAUUUUACUGGCAAAUGGAGGGCGGAGAGAUUCCUUUCUCUGAAAUGUUUGGUACAUUUUCUCUCUCUGUUGGUGCCGCCGUUGGCAUGGAGUUCUGGGCGAGAUGGGCUCAUAGGGCUCUCUGGCACUCUUCCUUAUGGCAUAUGCACGAGUCGCACCAUAAACCAAGAGAAGGACCCUUCGAAUUGAACGAUGUAUUCGCCAUUAUCAACGCUGUGCCCGCCAUAGCUCUUCUUUCGUACGGCUUCUUCCAUAAAGGCCUUGUUCCUGGUCUCUGCUUCGGCGCUGGCCUUGGAAUUACGGUCUUUGGGAUGGCCUACAUGUUCGUCCACGACGGUCUCGUUCACAAAAGAUUCCCUGUGGGUCCCAUUGCCAACGUCCCUUAUUUUAGAAAGGUCGCUGCUGCUCACCAGCUUCACCAUUCAGACAAGUUCAACGGUGUGCCAUACGGGCUAUUUUUGGGUCCGAAGGAAUUAGAGGAAGUGGGAGGCCUAGAAGAAUUGGAGAAGGAAAUCAACAGAAGAAUAAAAUGGGCGGCCCCAAAAUCAAUAGACGGUUCUUGAUCAACCAGUAUUAUAUGAAAAUGAGAAGAGAAAAAAAGAAAAAGAAAAAGAAAAAAAAAGAGCUCACCCUGAGCAGUAACUUUUCUUUUUCUAAUAUUGAAAAGUGAAAUAUUAUUUAGUUCAGAGCUUUUUUUUUCCUUUUACUGUAUGAGGUAAAGGGGUAGAAUGAGAUAGUGAAUUCGGUAGAAAGUUUUCGCUCUACUUUUUCUUAAUUUCUCUGUGAGUAAAAAAAAAAAAAAAAAUACACGUCGGAUGAAAGUAAAUAACACACUCAAAUUUUGUGUAAUUUUGGAUAUUUGACAAUUUAAUGAAAGAUUAAUUAUUUGAGCAA